AUGGGCUUAUAUCAAGCAAAGAAUGAAGAGGGAAGUGAUCCGAAGAGUAGUAGCAAGAUUGACGAUUUGAUUGAGAACGAAGCAGAGAUUAUACGACUAAUCAAAGAAGAUGGCAAGUUACUGAUAGACAAUGGCGAUGGUAGAGAUAUUCAUAACAUAAUUCAGGAGGACAAGCUUCUCAGUGUAGAAUUCAAUGAGGUGCUGAAACGGUUUCACGGCGGAGAAGCGUCUGACGCCUCUCACGGUGUGAUGGACGAAGACGAAGACGAUAAAUAUGACUAUAAUGAACAAUAUGAGAAGACUGUACACGCGAUGAGCACCCUAAAUCACAUUAUUAAUAAAGAGGUGAUCCCUCCCGAAAACUUCAGCCAUGUGGUGGGGGAGAUAUAUCGUAGCAGUUUCCCACGCCUAGAAAAUUUCUCCUUUUUGCAUGAAAGACUGAAGUUGAAAUCCAUCUUAGUGCUAAUUCCCGAAGAAUAUCCAUUGGAGAAUAUGAAUUUUUUGAAAUUAACGGGUAUUAAAUUAUAUCAGGUGGGAAUGAGUGGUAAUAAAGAGCCGUUUGUCAAUAUACCGUCUGACCUAUUAACGAUGGCUUUACAAAUUGUACUGAAUCCGGCAAACCAGCCAAUACUGAUACAUUGUAACAGAGGCAAACAUAGGACAGGGUGUUUGAUGGGGUGUAUAAGGAAACUACAGAACUGGUCGUUAACCAUGAUAUUUGAUGAGUACAGACGUUUCGCAUUUCCAAAGGCCAGGGCGCUGGAUCAGCAGUUCAUUGAGAUGUACGACGAUGACGAAAUUAAAAGAAUUGCCAGCGAAAAAAACUGGCUACCUCUUAAAUGGUAA